AUGGAUACUAUUGACGUUCAAAAUAAAUCAUUUGUUGUGCGUUGGCAGAAAGUUUCUCAAGGUGAUAUAGUUUCGUUUCGGUUGAAACCUUUGAAAAAAUCGAUAGGGUUUGGUAUAUACAGACGGUUUGGUGGAUCAUCCACGACUGAUUUGAGUGAAACAAACCAUGGGAGUGUAAAAGCUUCUUCGAAUAGUAAUACUAAUCCGUUAAUUCGAAUUUCAACCGAUGCCAAGCCUAACGUUGCCUUGGCAGAUCACGAAAAGGACAAAAACGUGCCGUUGCAAACAAGGUUAGCACAAAGCGGUCUGGAAAAGGUGACCUGGUAUGGGACCAUUUCUAACAACGAUACCGUUGCCGAAUCGUUCGAAUCAACUUGUGAGAGUUGUUAUUACGCGUUCAUUUUAGACAAUACUACUUCGAAGCAGACUAAGAAAAAAUGUUUAUUUUCGGUGAGUAUCAACCCUAGUGCAUCGGCAAUGGAAGGUUUGGAUGACGAUCAGGAAUCCGUCAUUUCAAACCAAGAGGAAAGCUUUGGUGCCAAUGGGACGAAUGGCAAGCGACCUUUGAAUUAUAGCCAAACGUCAUUCAAGGAUCCAUCUUUGUCCUCAUUAGCAAAAUCGAAUUCCAAUCCAUUUGCGCCAUCUCCAGGCCAGACUACUCCAAGCACAAUUUCCAACGUGGGUACAUCUAACGGACCAAACACUAAUUCUCCAGUGCCAAUAAAACCACUGAGUCCAAGUUCUACAUCCGCGACAGAUCACGAUUUGAAAAACAGUAAAGGAUUCCAAGGAUAUUUACUAAAAAAGAAGAGAAAGAAGCUACAAGGUUUUACCAAACGGUUCUUUAAACUCGAUAUAAAAUUUGGGAUUCUCUCAUAUUAUCUCAACUCUAAAUCUCCUGUGUGUCGUGGUGAGAUUGUUGUCCCACUUUCAUCAAUAAGUGCAAAUAAGCAAACUAAACUUAUUAUCAUUGACUCAGGCAUGGAGAUCUGGGUCAUGAAAGCUCGUGACGAAAAAGAUUGGGAACUUUGGAUUUCAAUGAUCGAGUCAUGUUUCAAACAAGACGCCCCAACUACUUCGCAAGAUCACGAAUCGCAUAACGUUGUCAUUCCUCCUGAUAAUGAUACCACAGCAUUUUUCCGCAAUUUAACAUCCCUAAGGAAAAGAAUAGAAGAAUGCAAGUAUCAAUCUUUAUCCUAUUCUAACUACACACCUAACGCAAUAGUAUCUCCCAUUCAGGGCCCUCCGACAUCUUCAAAGCAACAGAGGAAUGUGUCACGGUCCUCGUCUGUUUCUUCAUUCAUGAACUCCUUUUCUAGGCAACGGAACGGUUCAUUUGUAGAACAAGCUACCUCAGGCCAUGAUACUUCGAUCUUAUCUAAUAAUCCCAACGAGCCUCAACAUCAUGACUUAUAUAGAAAGCUAGCUGAUUUGGAGAAAAUUGCCAAGCAACUUGAUAUUGAUGGUAAGAUGUUAGCUACUAAAUGGGUUCCCAGAUCGCCAACUGCUUCCAUCUUUUCAGAUGACGAAUAUUUCGAUGCAAAUGAAGAACCUAUCAUCACGAUGUUAAAUGACGAUGUGGCCUUUGAAACCGAUAUCAGACCAAUAUACAGCUCUUAUAAUGACGAGGAUGAAGAGGAGGAAGGCGAAGGAGAGGAGGAAGAAGAAGCUGAAGAAGAAGAGGAGGAGGAAGAAGAUGAAAUGACAACAACAACAACAACAACACCAACUAGUAAUGAAUUAAUGACAUCAACAGAUAGAAAGACUAUAGAAACAGCAACAUCGAGAUCUCAAGAUCUAUCACCAUUACCAAUCAACAAAACUAUAAAGCGCAGAAACGAUAUCGCAAUACCAGUAUCAACCCCACCAAGUUUAUUAGGAUUCUUACGGAAAAAUGUCGGUAAGGAUCUAUCCAGCAUUUCAAUGCCGAUCAGUUUAAACGAACCCGUAUCUAUCUUACAAGUGCUAUCCGAGGCAUUCGAAUACAGUUGGCUUUUAAGCAAAGCUGCCACAAUGGAAGACGACGAAGUUCAAAGGUUGAAAUACAUCAGUGCAUUUGCACUGUCAUACAUGUCCAUUCACAGACAAAAGACAAGAUCACUACGGAAGCCAUUCACCCCAUUGUUGGGUGAAACGUAUGAACUAGUACGUGAGGAUAUGGGUAUCCGAUUAGUUUCAGAAAAAGUGUGCCAUAAACCACCUAUUUUUGCAUUUUACACAGAACACAGGGAUUGGAAAUGCUCAUACACCGUAACACCGGUUCAGAAAUUCUGGGGGAAAUCCAUCGAAUUUACCAACGAGGGAGUAUUCGAACUAACUUUCAACAACAUCGAUGCUAAAUACAGAUGGUCCCAACCUACCAUCGUAUUGAAAAACAUCAUUGCUGGUGAAAGGUACAUGGAACCCAGUAACCAGUUCUCAAUAUCAACGUCUACGAAUCUCAAAUCCAUCAUUGCAUUCAAAGCUGGAGGCAUGUUCAGUGGAAGAUCCGAAGACGUCGACGUGAGUCUUGUCAACGAGAAGGGCCAAAAGCUUGGAUCCCUCAAGGGACAGUGGACCAAAGAGGUCCGAGAUCUCGAUAACGGCCAACAAAUUUGGAAAUGCGGACCGUUAGUGGAAAACAGUGAAAAGAAAUACGGAUUCACCGUUUUUACCUCCAACUUGAACGAGAUCACAGAGACAGAAAAGGAUCAUUUACCACCAACUGAUUCCCGGUUGAGACCCGAUAUUCGCCUGUAUGAAAACGGUAUCAUUACAGAGGCUGAACAAAUGAAGCUGUCACUGGAACAAAAGCAACGUGAAAGAAGAGAUAAGGGCGAAGACGCACAACCUCAAUACUUCAAACAGAUUAAACCCAUGAAAUGGCUCCCCGUUACUGGUGAAAAUAACUACUGGGAAAGAAGAAAAAGGCACGAUUGGAGCAACACCAAAUCUUUAUGGUGA